AGCGCCUCGGGGUAUUUAUAGUCGAGCACUCUGAGCCUCCGGAUCGUGCGACCUGAUUGAGUUGUCGCAUCCCUCCUCUCUCCGCCGAGCAACCUCCGCAAUCACCUCCGCGUGCGCCCGCCCACCAUGACUCCCGCCCAGGAUAUCGCCGGCAGCGGCAACAUGCCCUCACGCUCCGUGUCCAACAGCCUCAACUUCAGCACCAGCCCGUCGAUUCCCUUCCACAGCCCGCCGUCGACAUUUCGCCAGCCGCCGUCGCUCAACACAAGAGAUGGCCGCUCGCAUGCGCAGCAGCUCGCCAAGCAGCUGAAGCCGUUCGACACCAAGGACAUCAAGGUGCUUCUGCUGGAAAAUGUCAACGAGGCGGGUGUCCAGAUCCUCCGGGACCAGGGAUACCAGGUCGAGGCAAUCAAGGCCAGUCUGGGAGAGGACGAGCUGAUUGAGAAGAUCCGCAAUGUCCAGGUCAUUGGCAUCCGCUCCAAGACCAAACUCACCAAGAAGGUCUUGGACGAGGCCAAGGACCUGAUUGUCAUCGGCUGCUUCUGCAUUGGAAUGAACCAGGUCGACCUGGAGGCUGCGGCCAGCAAGGGAAUUGCCGUCUUCAACUCGCCCUUUAGCAACUCGCGCUCCGUUGCCGAGCUCGUCAUUUCGGAAAUCAUUGCGCUCGCUCGCCAGCUUGCCGACCGCUCCAUGGAACUGCACAAUGGCACUUGGAACAAGGUCAGCAAGGGCUGCUGGGAGAUUCGAGGCAAGACACUGGGCAUAGUCGGAUAUGGACACAUUGGUUCGCAGCUGAGUGUGCUGGCCGAGUCGAUGGGCAUGAACGUCAUCUACUACGAUGUCCUGACCACCAUGGGUCUGGGAACUGCGCGACAAGUAGCGACUCUCGACGACCUCCUGUCAGAAGCCGACUUUGUCUCGCUACACGUUCCCGCGCUUCCCGAGACCAAGAAUCUCAUUGGCAAGGCGCAAUUCGCAAAGAUGAAGGACGGCAGCUACCUCAUCAACAAUGCUCGCGGCACCGUCGUCGACAUUCCAGCGCUGAUUGAGGCCAGUCGGUCUGGCAAGCUCGCAGGAGCAGCCAUUGACGUGUUCCCCAACGAGCCGGCUGGCAACGGCGACUACUUCACGAGCGAGCUCAACACAUGGACCAAGGACCUUGUCGGCCUCAAGAACCUGAUCCUCACCCCCCACAUUGGCGGCAGCACCGAGGAAGCGCAGAGCGCCAUUGGUGUCGAAGUCAGCACAGCGCUGGUUCGCUACGUCAACGAGGGCACGACGCUCGGUGCCGUCAACAUGCCCGAGGUCAACCUUCGCGGCCUGACGCUCGACCAGCCAGACUGCAUGCGUGUCAUUUACAUCCACAAGAACGUCCCCGGUGUCCUGAGACAGGUCAACGGCAUCCUGCUGCACCACAACAUUGAAAAGCAAAUGUCGGAUUCAAAGGGCGACGUUGCCUACCUCAUGGCGGAUAUCAGUGAGGUCAAGGAGGGAGAGAUUAAGGACUUGUUUACGAGUUUGGAGGAGUUGUCGUCAUGCAUUCGUACGAGAGUCUUGUAUUAAGAAAAGCGGAGCAAUCACAGACGCGGGGGUGUAAAAAAUCGGUGAGGGGGGCUGGGGUAACAUUGCUGCAAAAAAAAGUUACUGUGUGUUUGAAGGAAAGAAGGGGAGGGGCAGCUUUGACUAUGUCUCUGUCUCUGGGGGAUCUUUUUUCUUUUCUUUACAUGUAUAUUCUAGUAGCUACUUUCUUCAACAGCAAAGUUCAACAAUGGCCGGCUACAAGAGCUAUUAUUAUCAGAACAAGACUGACUACGGCUGCGUGCGGCAUUAACCAUCCCCC